CGAAAUUAUACCAAAACUAUAUGGUAAAGAGAAUAAAAAUAAAGAAAAUAUAAAUAAAGAGAAUAAAAAUAAAGAAAAUAAAAAUAAAGAAAAUAAAAAUAAAGAAAAUAAAAAUAAAAAGAAUAAAAAUAAGAGAAAUGAAAAUAGGGAGAAUAAAAAUAAGUAUUAUGAAUUAGAUAUACCCUUUUUUGAAUUCCUUGAAAUUCCACCAAGCUUACAUAAUUCUUUAGAAGUUUUCAUACCCGUAACACAAUUGAUUCUGCAGGAUUCCAAAUUAAGAGCAAAAGAAAUUAGAUAUGAAUGUAUAUACAUACAUAAGAUUUAUAAG